AUGACAAUUGACCCUGACUCGGAAUCUUCUCUCUCCGACGAAGAAGACUCUUCUGGGGUACAAGUUUCCCCCCCUUCUGAGUCGGAGAGCCAUGGAUACCAAGAGUCCUACGACGAAUGGGCGCACCUAUCAUAUCCUGAUGAAUUGAAACCUUCGGAUUCCGCUUCACGGCCCAGAACCACACGCCGGCUACGUACACGUAGUACAGCUCAUGGCUCUUCGUCUGCCAUUCGCCGCCACUCAGCAAGGCAUCACAUGGCGCAGGAGCGGGAAUCGUUUGCCAGGCGUGCUCGUCGUAACCCUUCCCCGGACUCCCCAGAGAGCGCCGACUCAGCCGAAGAGUACGGCGCUCCAUACGGGCGUAUGCCUCAAGAGCGAAGAUUUUGGCCAUCUAUGCCUCAGGGGACAGGGUACAGUCAUCAUUCCUCUCCGGGACAAUCAUACGUCUAUCCUAAUGGGAAUGCAAUGCCACAUGCUUCAUUCGUGCACCUGAAUGGUGUUGCGGCUCCAUCGGACCAGCUCAUAAGACUUGGCCAUCAAGGUCAGCAAAUUCCAUACGGUCAUUCGAUCUACGGGUACAGCUCGCAACAUCCUGGUCCCUCUAUGCCUCCUUUUCUAGCUCAUGACCGUCAUCCUGGACACCAACCACACCCUAUCACAACCGCCUCUCAUGGCCGGAAUGAGGGGCACAAUCCUUCUCAGCACUCAUUAUCACACCAUAUGCCAGGGCAUGGUCCGCCUCCCUACGGGCCUCAUGAUAUGAUGAUACCUUACGGCCCCGGGCCUUACUACCCAUUCAGAGAUCCUUAUCAUGUCGUAUCUGGGAUGAUGCCGCCUUACUACCAUCCAUAUCCUCGCGCGCAGUCUCCCAGUCAAGUUGAAUCCUCUGAAUCACCUGGCGUCUCACCUGCUGAUGCAGAGAAAGACGAGGCAAUCGCGAGGCUAGAGAAGCUGAUACUCGAGGAAAGGACCGAAAGGGAAGCUCGAGAAGCUCGAGAAGCUGCCAAACAAGCUGCCAUCGAGCAGGAGGCCGCCGAGCAAGCUGCAAGAGAUGCACGUGCUGCACACGAAAAGAAAAUUGCGGAGGACGCCGCAUCACAGGCAAGGGCGGAGGCUGAGCUAAAGGCCGCAGAAGAAGCCGCAAAAGCCAAAAAGGAAGCAGAAGAUGCGGCAGCCGCGGCAGCAGAAGCAGCUGCCACUGCGGCUACGGAAGCAGCAAACGCGGCGGCCGCAGAAGCUCUCGCAGCUGCGAAAGCCGCUGCGAAUCCACCUCCCCCGGAAAAAAAGAAGCCUAUAAAGUUUAAGGAUGCAGUAGGGAGGAAAUUUAGUUUCCCUUUUGACUUAUGCUGUACCUGGAAGGGUAUGGAAGAGCUAAUAAGACAGGCAUUUCUUCAUAUUGAGCUAAUAGGUCCUCAUGUGGCUGAAGGACACUACGAUCUGGUGGGCCCUAAUGGCGACAUAAUCCUGCCCCAAGUUUGGGAGACUGUUAUUGAACCGGAUUGGACCAUAACAAUGCACAUGUGGCCCAUCCCAGAAAAGCCCAAAGACGCCGAGCCUGCUGCACAAGCAGAUGUAGCCGCAGAACCGUCGCCUCCACCCGAAGCUGCAUCAGUUGCAGAUGACACUACAGUCACUGUCAGUGAGGAAGCCAAGAAGAAAACAGAUCAAGCAGGUCCCAAAAAGCCACGACCGAAGGGCCCGGAUCCCGGUGCUUUCGCAAUGUGGAUGGUUGGAGGCAAUCGUCUUAGGCUAAACAAGGCUUUAAAAAUGGGAAAAAAGCCUAAGGCAGUCCAGCACGGCACCUCCUGCCGUGUUAUGUGA